AUGUAUAUAUGUACUACUUUUAUUUUUAGAUUAUAUUCUCAUCCAAAAUUUCCAAAUAAAAUGGCUAGUCAAUGUUCUAAAGUUCCUGUACCCUUUAGAACGUUAAUAUAUUGUGAAGGUGUACAUUAUGGAACAGAAAAAGAUUGGGAUUUAAUUUUUGAAUUAUUUAAAAAUGAAAAUGUUCAAGUAGAAAAAGAACGUUUGCUUAAUGCAUUGACUUGUUCUAGAGAUACACAUUCAUUAAAAAUGCUUCUUACAAUGGCAAUUGAUGUUAAUAAUACAAAUAUUCGUUUACAAGAUAAACCUCUUGUUUUUAAAUAUAUUGGAAAUAGUAUUAUUGGGAAAAAAAUUAUUUUGGAUUUUUUUAUUGAUAAAUGGCCAAAAAUUUAUCAAGGUUUCAAAGAUGAGCCAUUCUUAUUAUCUAAAAUUAUUUCUUCAUCAAUUGUUGGCAAAUCUCAAAGAGUUAUUGACCAAGUAGAGAACUUUCUUCGUGAAAAUGGUAAAACUACAAUGAAUUUGGAUGUUUUUAAACAACGUUUAGAAGUUAUUCAAACAAAUAUACAAUGGAUACAAAAAAAUUUUAAUAGAUUGUCUCAAUGGUUUAAAAAACAUAACGGCAAUAAUGGAAAAAUUCCAUCAUUUAAAUGA